UGCUGCGGUGAUGAUGGCGGUUCGGGAAGCGCAGGCCGCCGGGUCCGUGUGUGAGUUGGGGGCUCGGGAGCGGCUCGCCAGCGGGAGUACGGUGGGAGACGAGUCAUCGGACAGCGAGGCCGAGCACGAAUCCGCGCAGAAACUGAUCCGGAAGGUGUCCACCUCGGGACAGAUCCGCAGCAAGGCUAUUAUAAAAGAAGGACUUCUAAUGAAACAGACAAGUUCAUUUCAGCGCUGGAAGAGAAGAUACUUCAAGCUCCGGGGACGGAUACUAUACUAUGCAAAGAAUUCAAAGUCCAUCAUAUUCGAUGAGGUCGAUUUAACAGAUGCCAGUGUUGCAGAAUCCAGCACGAAAAAUGUUAACAACAGUUUUACAAUAAUUACUCCAUUCCGAAAGUUGAUUUUGUGUGCUGAAAACCGCAAGGAAAUGGAAGACUGGAUCGCAGCAAUGAAAACGAUCCAAAACAGGGAUCACUUUGAGUCAACCCAAUACAGCAUGGACCAUUUCUCAGGAAUGCACAACUGGUACGCUUGCUCACACGCACGACCCACAUAUUGCAAUGUCUGCCGAGAGGCCCUAUCUGGUGUUACAUCUCAUGGAUUGUCCUGUGAAGUAUGUAAGUUCAAAGCUCACAAACGCUGUGCUGUGAGAGCCACCAACAACUGCAAGUGGACAACGCUGGCCUCAAUUGCCAAAGAUAUAAUUGAAGAUGAAGAUGGGGUCUCAAUGCCACACCAGUGGUUGGAAGGUAACUUGCCUGUCAGUGCAAAAUGUACUGUCUGUGACAAGACGUGUGGCAGUGUUUUGCGCUUGCAGGAUUGGCGUUGCCUGUGGUGUAAGGCAAUGGUGCACACAGCUUGUAAAGACAUGCUUUCCAUCAAAUGUCCUCUGGGGCAGUGUAAAGUUUCCGUUAUUCCUCCUACUGCACUCAACAGUAUAGACUCUGAUGGAUUUUGGAAAGCAACAUGCCCACCAUCCUGUACGAGUCCACUUCUGGUCUUUGUGAAUUCGAAGAGUGGAGAUAAUCAAGGGGUGAAGUUCUUGAGGAGAUUCAAGCAGUUACUGAACCCGGCUCAGGUGUUUGACUUGAUGAAUGGAGGCCCACAUCUUGGAUUGCGAUUAUUCCAGAAGUUUGACACAUUUCGCAUCCUUGUGUGUGGUGGAGAUGGAAGCGUUGGGUGGGUGCUGUCUGAAAUAGAUAGCCUCAAUCUCCACAAACAGUGCCAGAUGGGAGUUCUACCUUUGGGCACAGGGAAUGACUUGGCACGAGUACUGGGGUGGGGAUCAGCCUGUGAUGAUGACACACAGCUCCCUCAAAUCCUGGAAAAACUGGAACGAGCAAGUACAAAAAUGCUGGAUAGAUGGGGUAUUAUGGUUUAUGAAACAAAAGUUCCUCGCCAUUCCUCCUCUUCAAUAGGGGCAGAGGAUUUUAGCGAUGAUUUAGAGGUACAGCAGAUUUCAUCUUAUGAGGAUUCAGUUGCUGCACAUCUGUCCAAAAUCCUGACAUCAGAUCAGCAUUCGGUGGUAAUAUCAUCAGCAAAAGUGCUUUGUGAAACAGUUAAAGAUUUUGUGGCCCGGGUCGGGAAGGCUUAUGAAAGGACUACAGAGAACUGGGAAGAAUCCGAGACUAUGGCAAGAAAGUGCUCUGUCCUAAAAGAAAAACUGGACUCGCUGCUCAAAACACUCAGUGAUGAAUCUCAGGCAUCAUCCUCUCUACCAAAUCCACCGCCAACGAUUGCAGAAGAGCAGGAAGAUGGUGAGACAGCCAAUAUCAUGUGUGACCUUGCCGAAGAAAGACCAGCCUGUUCACCCAGACCACAGAUAUUCCGUCCCAGGGAGCAACUAAUGUUGCGGGCAAAUAGUUUGAAGAAGGCAAUACGACAGAUCAUAGAGCAUGCAGAGAAAGCUGUUGACGAACAGAAUGCACAGACACAAGACCAAGAAGGUUAUACUUUUGGUGUUUGCUCUGAAGAAGAAGGAAGAGAUACCCAAAGUGAAGACAAGAUCUCCUUGCACUCCACAUAUAGCACCAACAUUAAAGGAAGAGUAAACCGGAAAGUGCCAAAGUCUCCCUGUGAGAGGAGGAUCAGUAAAGGAAGCCUGUCCAUUGGGAGUUCCUCCUCACUUCCUACUCCAACAGGAAAUCGAGACAAUUUGCCAAUGCUCAACUCUAAGAUUCUUUACCCAAGUUUACGAGCUGGAUUGGCUGCUUCCUUGGCUGGAGGAUCUGUCAUCAGCAAAAUGUUAUUUGUCCAUGCUGACCCUGUGAACUCGGAACCAGAUGUUCUAAGUGGGUACACGGAAAAAUGUGUCAUGAACAAUUACUUUGGGAUCGGAUUGGAUGCAAAAAUAUCCCUAGACUUCAACAACAAACGGGAUGAACAUCCAGAAAAAUGCAGGAGUCGCACAAAAAAUAUGAUGUGGUAUGGGGUUCUUGGAACCAAGGAGCUGCUACACAGAACGUAUAAAAACCUGGAACAGAAAGUACUUUUAGAGUGUGAUGGACAGCGCAUUCCCCUACCCAGCCUGCAGGGUAUUGCAGUGCUAAACAUCCCUAGCUAUGCUGGUGGUACCAACUUUUGGGGUGGAACAAAGGAAGAUGAUAUCUUCACAGCCCCUUCUUUUGAUGAUAAGAUCUUAGAGGUGGUGGCUGUGUUUGGCAGUAUGCAAAUGGCAGUUUCACGAGUCAUCAAUCUGCAACAUCAUCGAAUUGCUCAAUGUCGUUCAGUAAAGAUUACAAUCCUCGGCGAUGAAGGCGUCCCAGUACAAGUGGAUGGGGAAGCUUGGAUCCAGCCCCCUGGCUACAUAAAAAUCAUUCACAAGAACCGUGCACAGAUGUUGACCAGAGAUCGGGCUUUUGAGAACACCCUCAAAUCUUGGGAAGAUAAGCAAAAAUGUGAACUACCUCGUCCAUCAUCCCAGCAUGCCUUGCAGCCCGAGAUAGUUUCAGAAGAGGAAGCUGCUGAGAUCAAUCAGUUUGGCCGAGCGGCUGGAACGCUCAUCCAUCGGAUUCGGGAGACUGCACAGCUUCAUCAUACCAUGGAACAAGAGCUUGCACACGCGGUAAAUGCCAGUGCCAAAUCAAUGGAUAAAGUUUAUGCAAAGUCAAAAACAACAGAGGGCUUGAGUUGCAGUCUGGUGAUGGAGAUGGUCAACAAUGGGAAAGCCCUGCACAAUGAGACAGAACUUCUUCUGGCAGGCAAAAUGUCACUGCAGUUGGAUCCCCCUCAGAAGGACGAGCUCACUGGGGCUCUGGCUAAUGUGGACCUUCAGCUUCGCAAACUGGCAGAAAUCCCCUGGCUGUGUCAGCUUAUCGAACCAAGUGAUGAUGAGGGGCAGUUGUUGGAAUAUUCCAAACGUACUCGUAGUGCCAAGUUCCGUCUUGUGUCAAAGUUAAAAAAAGAGAAAAAUAACAAAAAUAAGGAAACCAGAGGGAAUAUGGGUUUGCCAGGUGGCGCUGCUCUUCGCUUUCCCACAGUGCAUCAGUGGGGUACUGAGGAGGUGGCGGCCUGGUUAGAGCAUCUUAGCCUGUUCGAAUACAGAGACAUCUUCAUCGGACACGACAUCCGUGGCUCAGAGCUCUUGCAUCUGGAGAGGCGAGAUCUGAAGGACUUAGGGAUAACAAGAGUGGGCCACAUGAAGCGGAUCCUACAUGGGAUCAAGGAGUUGAGCCGGAAUACACCUGUCAGCGAAGUAUGAUGUACAUGUUCAGCUCAUGUGUAUACAGAGCUACCUAAGCCUCCAGCCCAUUGAGUAGAGGAUGAGAACGGCUAACCUUUAGCUGUAUGUGUUUGCCUCACCUUCAGCUAAUCAGAAAGUGUGGCCCUGGAACAUCUAACAGAUAUCAAAGUUAUAAGUGACCUCAUACUCAAUCUCACGGCCAAAAGAAAAUGGGAACGAGGCUUAACCAAUCAAAAUAAUGCUGGAUUCAAGGUAAAAAUCUGUCAAAUCAGAAUGGAAGUUACCUCAAGCAUGGUAUCCAUGGCAACCAGUUUGUUUGGAUUAUUACUCUGAAAGUUAACUCAGAGUAAAAUGGAUUGUGAUUGGUCUAAAAUUCAAGGGUGAUCCCAAUGAAGAGGAAUCUUGCUUCUUCGACAAAGGAAUGUUCUGCACACCAGUGAUCUGAACUCUAAAACUCAUUUGUGAAAGGGACGAAGCAUCUCUUUCUUUAAAAAAAAAUAUGGCCUAAUGAAACUGUUACUCUCAUCCACAGAAAUUAAUUGAACAUUUUACAUUGUGAUCUGUGCGAGGGUUUUGGUUUGUAUGUGGAGCCCUACAUCUUUCUCACAACCCAGAAUCUGUACAGAGGCCUUUUACAGAACAUCAACUUGAAGAAACUGGGAAUGCUAUUACAGUGUCUUCCUGUACUGGUUGCCUUCAAAGCUCCUGCCAUUAAUGCUUUGUUUUCUGUUGCCUAAACAAAAUAAGACAUUGGUAAACUUCAGAGUAUAGGGAUGCAGGAGCUCAGGUUCGUGCUCAGACUCCAAAAGUGGAGUUUUUAGUACAACACUGCCGAGAGGGAUAUUCUGGACCCACCCUAACUCUUUGGUGUAAGUGCACCCUGGAUGAUAUCGUCCUGGAGUGUUAAAGAUGUAUGAGAAUCAAUUCUGGUAUGUCUGGGAAGUAAAAGAAUCAGUCCUGGGGUGACUGGAAUGUGUGAGACUAAUUUCAGAAGCAUUUGCAAUGUGUGCGACUAAAUUUAGAAGCAUUAGGAAUAUAUGAGAAUGAGUCCUUAAAAAGAAUUGUAUUGUUACAAUACUUUUGACAAUCUCAGGAUGUCAAGAAACAUAUUAUACCCCAUAAUUUUGAAGUAUAUUCCUUUUGUAUUGUUGAAAAUGGUAACAGCAAUAUCCCAUGAAUAGUAAUUGAUAAUGACCACAGAAAAUCUAUUAGUUGUGUCAGUAGAGGGUAAAUAUCCGCUCGGACACCAAGGAGAACUCUCAUGCACUUCUCUAAAUAAAGUCAUGGAAACUUUUAUGUCUGGCUGAGAGGGAACACUUGGUUUGACAUCUCUGAUAGUGCAACAGUCUUUUAGUACUGUCAGAGUGCAACCAACUGAGCUACAGCUGACACCUGGAGAGUAUGGAAUGUGAUAGAGUGAAUCCUAAAUCAUGUGAUGUGUGGGAGUGAAUCCUGGAAUGUGUGAGAGUGAAUCCAGCAGUGAUUGGAAUAUGUGGGGGGAAAAGAAAAUAGAGUCCAAAAUAAUUUUGUUAUGUGCAGUGCAUGUCAUGAACUGCCUGUUGUCCUGCCUCUGUGGCACAUUGGCACAGCUAGCAAAGCCGCUGCCACAUAGCGCCAAAGACCCAGGUUCAAUACUGACCUCGGGUGUUGUCUGUGUGGAGUUUGCACAUUCUCCCUGUGACCAUGUGAGUUUCUUCUGGGUGCUCCAAUUUCCUCCCACAUUCCAAAGACAUGCAGGUUGGUAGGUUAAUUGGCCAUUGUAAAUUGCCCUUUGAGUGUAGAUGAGUUAUAGAAUCUGGGGGGAGUUGAUGAGAAUGUCGAGAGAAUAAAAAAAGGGAUUACUAUAAGAUGAGUGCAGAUGGGUGGUCGAUAGUCGGCAGGGACUCAGUGGGCCAAAGGGCCUGUUUCUAUGCUGUGUCUAUGUCUCAUUUCACAGUACACACGCUAUUGGAUGACAACAUUUUGCCAAUUAAAAGAUUAUUGUGAUUUAGGAGAAAACAGGUUGACCUAAGUUUUGGAUCAUCAUGCAUCUCCUUCAAGACUUUUUUGCCAAACACUUUUUUAAAAUGUUUAAUCUUUCUGCUGUUUUGCACAUCCCUCAGUUUAGAAAAAUGAAGCUGAUAGAGGCCUGAUUUCAGGACCAAUGAGACCUUGUACCCACUUCAAUUAACACAAGUUAUUGUGUGAUGAUCUCUUAACCUUACGUCCUGAUGCUUGUAUUUAAAUCCUUCUCAAGCCCAAUCCCUCCCUCUUUCUACAUCUUGCUCUACAGCUGAACUCUUAUUACAGCUUAUUCUCCAUUCACCCACCAAUGGAGCAUACGCCUUCUCUCUCCUUGGCCCAACUUCUGGAUUUCCUAACCCAUUCUCUACCUUUCUCUUUAACAAAUAUUUACUUAGCAUCUAGUCUUACCAAGUUUUUGGUCCCUACAUUGUAUCAUGUUUCUAUGAAUUGAUAUCCAUUCAUCCCCAGACAUUUCUUUGAAGCACCUUGCUUCAUUUUUUUCUACCUACAGGCACGUUGUGAACAUAAGUUGAAUUCUUGAAUGGUACCUCCCUUGAGCCUUCUCCAGAGUAAGCAUUCCCUGCUUAUCAAUCUUUUUCCCCAUACCCUGGUCUGUUUGAACUUAUAUUCAUUAUGAUUACAACUAUUUAGCUCCUCCUGUGCCCAAAUAUCUUUGCUGUAGUGUAGCACUCAGAACUAGGGAUAGAUCCAGACCCUGAAGACACAUGAGACUGCAGAUGCUGGAAUCUGGAACAACACACAAAAAGCUGGAGGAAUACAGCAGGUCAGGCAGCAUCUGUGGAGGGAAAUAGUUGACGUUUUGGGUCAAGACCCUCCAUCUGGACUCAAAUCCAGACCACCAUAGUUUACUGUCUUCUUGGGUCCUCUGGUUUCCUCCCACAUUCCUAAGGCAUAUUGACAGGUUAAUUGGUGUAAAUUAUCCCUUAGUGUGGGUAAAUGGCAAAAGAAUCACAGAACGGUUGAUGAGUAUGUGAAACAGAAUAAGUUGCAAGGAUAUAGGAAAAUAAAGAUGGGGUGAAUGAGGUUGUUCUUCUGGGAGAAAACAUGCAUCAAAUGGACAGAAUAGCCUCCUGCUGUGGCGUAAUAAGUUAGUAAAUCAGCAGAAUGGCAAAAUUUGGUUCAUAAGUCAUAUGGGGAAAGAUAACUGUUAUAUGUUGGUGCAGGUUGCUGUUGAAAACAAAUGGUGAGGUUUUUCCCCCCUGGUUGUGUUUUUAAAAAAUUGCCCUUCAAAGGACAAUGUUGAAGCUCAAGUUAUUUCUGUUGUCUUUGGGGAACCUACUUUGACCACUUUGAGCCAAAAGUAAGAUCAAGAUCUUGAGGCAUAUGCACAUGUACACCAGAGUCAUUGGAGAAAUGGGGGCAGUGUUAUGAAGAGGAAGACUCAACGGAGUUAUAAUAGUGUUAGUAGAGUGAUGAUACAUUAACAGGUAAAAAAAGAAAAGGGUGCAGUAAUGGAGGUUUAUUGACUGUUAAAUGGAGAUAUUGGGCUGCAUUUUUCACCAUGAUACUGCUUAAAAUAAUAUGGAAUAGCGAUGAAGAAUGAGGCAGGAUCUGGUAGAAGUGCAGCUAUGUCAUUCCACUAUUCUCAGAUUUCCUCUCUCAGUAGCCACCACCAGCUGUCCUUAUCCGUGAAUGCAGAUUACAGUGGGAAGGUCAGGGACCAGGAUCCUUUUGAAUUUUCUUGGAAUCCAUAUGUCAUCUUCAUCACCAUAGGAAAAGAACCGCAGGCCCAGCAAAGUAUCCAUGACAGCCUUGACCUCCCCCAAGGCAAAGGGAAGCCCAUAAAGUAGCCUCAUCUCAUCUGUCCCCCCAUUUACUUCCAAUUAAGGUUUUUUUGUUGGGCACCAUUGCAUUGUUUUUGGACAGAAACUUGUUAUACAUAUCAUAAAUCACAGACACAGAAAAAUGAUUUGAGAUCAGGGAGACGUGAAGAGAUAUAUCUUUACUAGAGAGAAGAGAAUAAGAGAUCUUCUAUUAGCAGGAAGAGUUAAACAGGAAAAUGAAGAAACAUGGUACUUUAAUCGAGCAAGAGAGAUGCCCAAAGUAUCAACCAUCUUGUUUUGAGACCUUAUAUUUUGGUGCAGUGAACCCUGUGGGAUUGCUCCCUAUGUCUGUAAAAGACACUGGUAGGUUUUAAUGUUUCAAUCAACAACAGGCUUUUGACAUUUAUAGUGACCUUAGCUCCAUUUAGAGGAAGACAGAGGGUUUCUGUUGAAAACAGUCCACAAACCUCCUUCAAAGGAAAUAGUGUUUGAUGGAUGAUUGCCUUUAAAGAGAGAUUUGGCUCCUUGUUUAAAAGUGGAUCAUAGCUUUAUUCAAAAUACUUGAUUAAAGGAUGGUUGUAUGUUUUAAGGUAUAAUACAUCUGUUUAAAGGGAGAUUACGGUUCCCUGUUUGAAGGGUAACUGUGGCACUGUUUGAAGAUAGCUGCUCCGUGGUGUUGAUAUUUCUAAGUUAGUCUAAUAAUUAUGAUAAUUAGAGUUAUCCGACUGCUUGCAAGAGAGCAGGUUUCACUGCACCCCACUUUAACUUGCCAAGUAACAGUUCCUUGUUACGAACCUCGCUCUCCCUUUGGAGAGAACAGAAGUAGUUUGGGUUUUUUUGGUUCUGUCUUAUCUUCUGCCUUGUCAUGAGGUCUGCAUAUUGUAUUUAUUCUUAAUUUAUAUAUAAAUAUGGCUGUGACUGUAUUUUUGUAUAUAUUAAUUGUCAAUCGAUGUACAUAUUUACUGUAAAUACAGUGGGAUUGAAUUCAAUCUUCCAGUAAAACGUUUUUUCUCA